GAGGCUAUGAGUUAGCUUCUUUUCUCAUUUCUGUGAUCAAAUUUCUGACAACAAACAAAUCACAGAAGAAAGAGUUUAUUUUCCACUAUGUUUCAAGGAGCUGCUGUCCAUCAGGGCAGGGAAGGCAUGGCCAUGGGAGUGGGGGCAGCUGGUCCAACUAUUUAUUGUUGGUAGUCAAUGAGGGAUGAAUACUGGUAUUCAGUUCAUUUCCUCCCUGUUUAUUCAGCCUAGUACCUCAGACCAUGGAAUAGCACAGCCUGUGUUCCAGGUGGGUCUUACCACAAUUAACCAAGUCUAGGAGCUUCCUUCCUGACAUGUCCCGUGCUCCAUCUCUUAAGUGACUCUACAUCCCAUCACGUUGAUAAUAUUGACCGUUACAGGCUACAUCCAAAUGUAAAGCUUCUGUAGAUAGCAGGCACACUGGUAAACUUAGUCAUAAAAGAUUCAAAUCUUUUCUUUGAAUCUGAAGUAGAGAAUUCUUAAAAUUACUAAGUGGUUACAUGAGACUUUUAGAAUUAAGAGGGAGAGGAGGGUGUUCAUUGGUUGUGCAGCCAAACUGAGCAUGUGCAGAAGUGUGCUAACUUCCAGCCAGGGAUGCAGAGAUGGACCACACAGGCCUCCACCUCGGAUGUGCUUGGAAACCAACCCACAGAGCACAGAGGUCAGCCUGAGAGGCUGGUGCUGAGAAGGAUCAGGGCAUCUAUGGAGCCAGAGAUCACCUCCCUACAAAGGAACAGGUAUCCAGCUUUCCAGACACCGUUUGUUGAGACCUUUUCUCUAUGAAUUGCCUUAGCACAUCCGUCCAGAACUAACCUGUAAGCCACACCUGUAAACCACACUUGUAAGCCAUACCUGUAAACCACAUCUGUAAAGCACAUCUGUAAGCCACACCUGUAAGCCAUACCUGAACGAGUUCAGAGCAUGGACAGACAUCAAGCCUGUGAAGCCGAUCAAAGCCAAGCCCCAGUACAAGCCCCCAGAUGACAAGAUGGUCCACGAGACGAGCUACAGUGCCCAGUUCAAAGGGGAGGCCAAUAAGCCCACUGCAGCUGACAACAAGGCCAUGGAUCGCAGAAGAAUACGAAGCCUCUACAGCGAGCCUUUCAAGGAAUCCCCGAAGGUAGAGAAACCUAGUGUUCAGAGUUCCAAACCAAAAAAGACCUCAACGAGCCAUAAGCCCCCGAGGAAGGCCAAAGACAAGCAGGUGGUAUCGGGCCAGGCCGCCAAGAAAAAGACCACAGAGGGCCCCAGUGCCACCAAACCCGACGACAAGGAGCAAAGUAAAGAGAUGAACAAUAAACUGGCUGAGGCGAAAGAGAGCCGGGUCCAACCCACCAGUGAUGCACAAAAGAAUCAAGGUCCUGUAGCCAAAGAGCCACACAAGGAUCAAAGCCCCGGAGUCCCAGGGCUUCUGAAAGGCCAAGGUCCUGUGGUCCAAGAGCCUCCAAAGGACCCAGGCCCCAUGGUGCCAGAACUGCCAAAGGAUCAAGUCCCUGUGGUCCCAGGGUCCUUAAAGGACCAAAGCCCUACACCCCCAGGCCCUCCAAAAGACCAAGGUGCUGUAUUCCCAGGGCCCGUGAAGGAUCUAGGCCCAAUGGCCCCAGCACCAGCCAAGGAUCAAGACCACAUGGCAUCUGAGCCUUUAAAGAAUAAAGAUUCUGUCAUCUUAGCACCAGCCAAAGCCCACAGCCCUUUGCUGCCGGAACCUCUAAAGAACCAGAGUCAUGUGGUCCCAGCAAGAGUUGAGGAUCGAAGUCCCCCAGCACCAGCACCCUUGAAGGACCCAGGUCCUGUGGGCCCUGAACCUGGGAAAGAUGGAGCUCCUGUGGUCCCUGAGCGUAAGAAGGACCAGAAUGCCACAGUCAUGGCACCUUUGAAGAGUGAAGCUCCUGUGGCCCCUGAGUCCAUGAAGAAUCAAGGCUUAGCAUACCCAGAGCCAGUCAAAGAUACAGGUACAGAUACAGUGGUCCCCAGACAGAUGAAGGGUUAUGAUUCUGUGUUUGUAGCACCUGUGAAGAACCAAGGUCCAGUGGUCCCUGAGCCAGUGAAGAGCCAAGACCCCAUUAUCCCAGCACUAGCCAAGGAUCAAGGUCCCAUGGUCCCAGAGCCUCCAAAGAAUCAAAGCCCAGUGGUCCUUGGACCUGUAAAGAAUCAAGACCCUAUAAUCCCAGGACCUCUGAAAGGUCAGGAUCCCCCGGUGCCAGCCCCAACAAAGGACCAAGGUCCUACAGCCCCUGACCCUCUGAAGACUCAAGCUCCCAGAGGCCCUCAAUUGUCCACAGUCUCACCUUCACCCCCAGUCAUGAUCCCAACAGUUCCCCAUGCAGAAUAUAUUGAGGGAUCCCCUUGAUUCCCCUGAAAUGCCAUGAAGGAGCUGGCGAUGGAAGUGCUUCCCUCCUGGGGAGGCAAAGACACAUAUUUAAUCUGCAUGAAACUGUGCUGUAUAGUCUUGCAGGAAUCAAAUAAAACCGGUCCUUCUGGCUCA